AUGGCGGCGAGUCAGGGAGGUGGUGGUAACAGUGGGGGCGGCGGUUGUGGGGGAGGUGGAAGUAGCAGCGGCAGUGGCACAGCUGGAGGGGGAGGCGGCGGGGCCGGAGGGGGAGGCGGCGGCGGCAGCGGGACACUGGCGGUGCCCAUCCCGGUACCGACUCUUUUUGGUCAGCCGUUCCCCAACGGGCCGCAGUGGAACCCAGGGAGCUUGCAGCCUCAGCACACGGUAAGGAGCCUGGACCGGGCCCUGGAGGAGGCAGGCAACUCUGGCAUCCUGAGCCUCAGUGGCAGGAAACUCCGAGACUUCCCAGGCAGUGGCUACGACCUGACGGACACCACCCAAGCAGAUCUUUCAAGAAAUCGUUUUACAGAAAUUCCUUCUGAUGUCUGGUUAUUUGCCCCACUUGAAAUACUAAAUUUAUAUCAUAAUUGCAUCAAAACCAUUCCUGAAGCCAUUAAAAAUCUGCAGAUGCUAACAUAUCUUAACAUUAGUCGAAAUCUUUUGUCAACACUGCCAAAAUACCUAUUCGAUCUUCCUCUUAAAGUUUUGGUUAUCAGCAAUAAUAAACUGGUAUCCAUUCCAGAAGAAAUUGGGAAGUUAAAGGAUUUAAUGGAAUUGGACAUUAGCUGCAAUGAGAUUCAGGUCCUUCCCCAACAAAUGGGAAAAUUGCAUUCACUUAGAGAGCUAAAUAUAAGAAGAAAUAACCUUCGUGCACUGCCAGAUGAAUUAGGAGAUCUUCCCUUAGUCAAGCUGGAUUUCUCUUGUAACAAAGUAACCGAGAUUCCAGUUUGUUACAGGAAGUUGCAUCAUUUACAAGUCAUAAUUUUGGAUAAUAAUCCAUUGCAGGUACCACCGGCACAGAUAUGUUUAAAAGGCAAAGUACAUAUAUUUAAGUACUUAAAUAUCCAAGCAUGUUGCAGAAUGGAUAAGAAACCAGAUUCCCUGGAUCUUCCAUCUUUGAGUAAAAGAAUACCCUGUCAACCUCUCACAGACAGUAUGGAAGAUUUUUAUCCAAAUAAAAAUCAUGGUCCUGAUUCUGGAAUUGGAAGUGAUAAUGGAGAAAAACGAUUAUCUACAACAGAACCAUCAGAUGAUGAUACAAUUAGCCUUCACUCUCAAGUCUCAGAAUCAAAUAGAGAACAGCCGCCAAGAAAUGACAGUCAUUCAAUAGGAAGUAAACCUGAUUCUCAGAAAGACCAGGAGGUGUAUGAUUUUAUUGACCCUAACACCGAAGAUGUAGCAGUUCCUGAGCAAGGAGAUGUACAUAUUGGAUCAUUUGUAUCUUUUCUUAAGGGAAAAGAAAAAUGUCCAGAAAAAUCUCAGAAACAUGGAGAGCUGGGAGAUGAUAAAAGACCUCAGAAAGAACAAUUACUUGCAGAGGAAGAGGAAGAUGAUUUGAAGGAAGUAACUGAUUUGAGAAAAAUAGCCGUUCACUUACUGCAGCAAGAGCAGAAGAACAGUGUCUCAGCAGAUGAAGUCAAUUCACCAUUAUCACCCCUCACAUGGCAGCCCUUAGAAAACCAAAAGGAUCAAAUUGAUGAACAGCAGUGGCCAGAAUCUCAUCCUAUAAUCUGGCAGAGUGAUGAAAGGAGGCGGAGCAAACAGAUUAGGAAAGAAUAUUUCAAGUAUAAAUCAUCAAGGAAGAGUUCAAGUGGCAAUGAAAAUGAUGAGCAAGACAGUGAUAUUGCUAAUAUGUCACCACAAUCUCCAGUGUCAUCUGAGGAAUAUGAUAAAACUGAUAGUUUUUCACAUGGCCCCUUUGGCUUGAAGCCUAGAUCAGCUUUUAGCCGCUCAUCACGCCAAGAAUAUGGAGCAGCAGAUCCUGGCUUUACAAUGAGAAGAAAGAUGGAGCAUCUGCGGGAAGAACGAGAGCAAAUACGACAACUUCGAAAUAAUCUUGAGACCAGGUUAAAAGUAAUUCUGCCUGAUGACAUUGGAGCUGCACUGAUGGAUGGAGUUGUUCUUUGCCAUCUAGCCAAUCACAUAAGGCCACGAUCAGUAGCUAGUAUUCACGUACCGUCACCAGCAGUGCCAAAACUGAGCAUGGCAAAAUGUCGAAGAAAUGUAGAAAAUUUUCUUGAUGCAUGCAAAAAAUUGGGCGUCACACAGGAAAGAUUGUGUUUACCUCAUCAUAUUUUGGAAGAACGAGGUCUUGUGAAAGUUGGUGUUACAGUGCAGGCUCUUCUUGAAUUACCUACAAUCAAGGCAUCUCAGCUAUCUACAGCUUGA